AUGACACAACUGCAGUAUCAGCUAGCACUAAAUGCAGCUGCACAAGGCCUUCUCGCAUCACAGACAUCCAGCUUGGCACAAAGUAUCCAUCAACAGCAGCAGAUGUUACGAUGUGCUGCAGUGAUGGGCCAGCAGACAAAUAAAGCCUCGAAUAGCAUGCCAUUACCUCUUGCACAAAUACCAGUCGAUCCAACGCCAUCCCAUUCAGAACUCUCAUCAUCCAGGCCACCACGAACUUUAGCACAGGUGCCACCAUUAUCACUGAGCGCAACAGCAGCGCAGAACAUAUCAUUACAGCCGACAUCAUUAUCAUCACUAGCAACAGCUACGGCAAUAUCGCAAGGUUCCAAUGAACGGCAGGCAGGCUUCUUUCCUCCUGCGUCGAAAUCGGCUCCUGAUGAUCUGUUGAGUGAUUCACUUUUUGGUGCAAGUGAAAUGCACUACAACGAAGCAUUCCACAGUUCCGUAAGGUGA